AUGGACACAACCAUCACCAGCCUGCCUUCAGACAUCGGGGCCAUCCUGAUGAGAAACGUCUCGAUCAUCCAGGUCGUGUCCAUGUUUGCGAUCGGCGCAUAUAAUGCUCUCGAAACGGCAAUUGUCACAUUCGACACGUUCAAGCGCUACAGCGGUCUCUACUUCUGGAGCAUGCAGGUCGCUUCUUGGGGUAUUCUUGUGCAUGCACUGCCCGCCAUGGCUCGUUUCGUCUCUUAA